AUGAGGCCGCUCAUCCAUGCACCAAGCACUGUUCAUGGCCAUGUCGAGCUUUCUGCUCACGUCACGUCAUACGGUGAUUCGGACCCGAGCACCGCCCAAUCUGCGUACUUCGCUGCACUGUACAUGUGUUCUGCCUCGCGUCGGGGGCGGCGACAGGCAACCGGCAGCAGGCGACAGGCAGCAGGCGACAGGCGACAGGCGGCAGGCGACAAGGCACCCGGUCGUGGGCGCGGUGAACAAGACAGCCACGGCUCCCUCGUCGAGCCUUCUCCUCUCCUCCUCUCUCCUCCUCAGAAAUCACGCGCUGUUGCCGGAACGCAGCAUUUCUACCCGUUCAGUUUCCAUACAGAGUACAGGGACACGAGGGAUAGCAUACAGAGGGGCAGUGGACGAGACAAGAGAAGCAGACCAGCACACGCAAUCAUGCCCUCCACCACCACCAAGGCCCUCAUCCUCUUCGCCGCCUCGGCCCUCGCGGCCGUCAUCUACCCCCCCGGCGAGGGCAGCAGCAGCAGCCACGCCAAAGUCCAGGUGCCCGAGACGGCGCCCCGCCAGACGGCAUGGCGAACUCAUCACGGUCCCCUUCCCGCCGCCGUCACGCCGACGGUGACCCUCCCCAUCGCCUGCGAUUACAGCUACUGCGACGGCUCCACGUCGUGGUGCUUCUACUGGGCCGGAGUCACCUCGUACGACCCUUUCCGAGGACCUGUCCCUGGCGAGACGAGAGUCGAGCUCGGUCCGUGCACCGUCCCCCCACCGCCUCCGCCAGCGCGUACCGGCCACUCGUGA